AGACCUAUUUGAUAUUUACUCAUUGCUGGAGAAUACCACAGUCAGCAUGGAAAAACAUCGGGAACCUCCAAAGACUUGUAAAACAAGGAUGUCACGGGAACUGCGUGGGGAGAAAAUUCCAGAUAAGUGACGAGUGUUUUCCGAGACCACAAGAGAGACUAAACCUCACAAGUUAAAGCCCAUGGCUCGCUCCAGAUUCAAAGGAAAGCUCCUGUGCCUGUGUCUCUUACCAUGUGUGAUGGUAAGUCAACUGUUGGUAUACAUCAUGGUGUCCAUAUUUGUUGCCGUAUCCUACUCCCCCCCUCCACCACAGCUGCCCCUUCAUUUCAUCGCCACUGGAGCCUCCGAAAACUCAGGAGUACUUGCAUCCCAUCCAGUUCGCCCCUUCUGGAAUCUCCGUCUAGAGGAAGGGGCAUUGUGGAACAGCCUCCAGCACAUUUGGGACAGAGAGCACAACCCUAUACUGACAGGCAAUGGCACAGGGUAUAAAGGUCAAAGUCUUGACUCAAUACCUUCCCACGAGACUAGUAAAACUGCUGACUGUGGACGAGACCAGACCUGGGUAUCUCACCUGCAUGACUUUAAUACCCUUCCUGAUCAAAUGAAGGACUUUGUCUUAUCUAUGCACUGCAGGCACUACCCAAUCCUUGUGAACCAACCUAACUUGUGUGCUAGCCAGGACUCUGAAACAGAGACCCCCUUUCUUCUGAUGGCGAUUAAGUCUCAAAUUGGAAACUUUGAGAAUAGGCAGGCCAUCAGGGAAACAUGGGGGAGGAUUGGUUGGGUCCAAGGGGACACUGGAGGAAAAGCGUGGUUAAUUCGAACUGUCUUCUUGCUUGCAAGGCAGGACAAAGAGACAGGUCCUCAUCCAGACCUGGGUGCCCUACUGGAGUUGGAGAGCAGUACUCAUAAGGACAUUCUACAAUGGGACUUCAGAGACACUUUCUUCAACCUUACCCUUAAGGAUCUCCUCUUCUGGGAGUGGUUUUCAAAGCACUGUCCCCACGUCCACUUCAUCUUCAAAGGAGAUGAUGAUGUGUUUGUUAGGACAAGGGCUCUAUUGGACUACUUAAACCAACAUCAAACUACAGUACAAAAGACUUAUGAAAAUAAAACGAAGAGACAGGACCAUUUUCUCGUGGGGGAUGUUAUUGCCAAUGCCUGGCCGAAUCGACAGCCUGGAACAAAGUAUUACAUCCCUGAAAGCUUCUAUAAGGGAACGUACCCAGCAUAUGCAGGGGGUGGAGGGGUGGUUUACACUGGUGCUCUGGCCAUGCAUCUAAUGGAAGUCUCUCACUGGGUGAGCUUGUUUCCCAUUGAUGAUGUUUACUUGGGAAUGUGCCUUCACCGGCUCGGAGUGUCUCCCACUCAUCAUUCUGGUUUCCUCACUUUUGAUCUUCCAGUGGAUCUGCGGGAGAAGCCAUGCGCCUAUCAUAAUGUUCUCCUGGUGCAUAAACGCACCCCGAAAGAAAUGCUAACACUGUGGAAAGAGCUACAGGUUCCACCUCAAGAGUGCUAAUAUAGAUCAAGCAUGGCUGAUACAGGGAGACUAGUUUGUUCAUGGAUUCAAAUGAAGGUGCCUGGAGUUCAAAGUUAUUUUCAUAUUUACCGCAAUGUAUUUUCGUACCAUGGCAAUGGGGCAUGUUUAUUUGCAUUAAAGGCCCUCAAUUAUGCAGUUAUGUACUCAGGAGAACAUAUGAAGAAAAAGGUAAUCAAAAGGUCAUUAAACUAGGGGGAAUAAUGAAAAUGCAUUAAUUGUCUUCAACUGUCAAAAUGUAAACAACAUAGGGGACUUCAUGAAAGAGUGUUGAGAAAAUUCUUGUACCAAGACGAUAAGCACAUUACUUAUGUGCUUACAGAUAAUUGUGGAGGAUCUGUGCUUUAAAUCUUUGUAAGUUGUCUUUAAUUGUGAUAACUCUCUCAGGAAAUUUUUAUCCUAAUCAUAAGAAUAUUGUUUUGAUCGAAUUUAAAUAAGUUUUGUGGGGUUUGUGGAUUAAAAUACAAUUAGAAAUGACUUGGGGUUGAGGAUUUAUCUGAUGAUGGAGUGAAUGACAAUUUUUAUUUGAACAUACUUCAUAUUUCUAUUUAAAAUUAUAAUAAUGCUGUUAUUUUUUAAAUGGAACGGUGUAUUGUUCUAUGAGAAUAUAUAGAAUGUUUGAUAUAUGUUCUCAUUCGAUUCGACAUGUUUUUUUUUUGGCACUUUAUGGAAUUAUUUAGUCAUUUAAUGCUCAAUUUGAAAUGUCAUUCUCACCUGUGUGUUCUCAUGCAAGACUUUUAGGGGAAAACAUGUAAAAAGGUGACUGUAAGUUAAUGAAAAUUAUAAUUAUGGUAAGAUGUUAAAUUCAAGAGAGCAUUUUUUGAAGUCCAGAUGCUCCUGGAGAAAAUGUAUCCUGACAUAUUAUGAUGAUGUGGAUGGGUGAAAACAUUAUAGACUUAUGAUUUGAUAACUGUUUGUUUGUGGGCCUAAUUAUAGCCUAGUGUUGUUGGUUGCAUAUUCAGAAUUACAACUACA